GGAGCACCAUCACCGACAGGGCCUGGUGCCUGGCCCGUGCCAUAUCCUCCUUUUUCUGUUCCACCGGUGACUGGGGUUUUCCCAUAUGUAGCCCUGUUAUCGGUUGCUAUCGUUUCCCUGGGCAUGCCUCUAUCAGGAGGGGUAACAGCAGGGAGUAGUGUGCAGGUUCCUGUACAGACAGUGUUCACUCAGAGUCCGUUGCAUGUUGCAGUUACCACGCAGCCUGCUGUCUCGCAACCUGUGCAGCCACAGGGCACACARCCCCAGCAGCUAGCACARCAACCURUAUCACCGGGUCCACAGCCCGGGGUGGUGCAGRGAYCGGGACAAACUCAGUGGGUUCCAAAGACGGCCAUCGCCGCUCCUAAACCUUUUACAGGGGACAAGAGAGGCGAAGACCUCGACACUUGGUUGAGGGCAGUGCCGGUCUACGUCAGGUGUAAACUCACCUUGCCGCACGAAGACGUGCUUGUGGCUGCAUCCUACCUAGAGGGUAGUGCAGCAAGAUGGUUGAGUGGUUCAGUACACCUCCAGGGGCACGGUCAUGACUUCCGCUCUUGGGCAGCCUCUCAGAAACUAGAGGACUUCCUGAAGAUGGUGGAAGAGAGAUGGCAUGAUCCUCAGGAGGCCCAAAAGGCCACUAAUGCGAUCCUGACACUGCACACGCGGCAGUUUAAGUCAGUUAGGGAAGCCACUGACGCUGUUGAGCGUCUAAUCUAUGUCCCAGGUGUGCACUAUGACCCCCAGGUCCUGCUGACUUCGUACUUGAGAUGCUUAUCCCAGCUUCUCAGGAACCAGUUGGCAGAAGAGGCGAACAUCAAUAUGCACAACAAGGUGGCCCUAGACCUAGAAGCAAAGAUAGGGCAUGGACAGACACCCACUAGGGACGGGAGGAAGAAGACACUGCCUCCCAACUGGAAGGUGAAGGGUCGCAUCAUGUUUGUCGACAACGAUGGUUCAACCAUCGAGCUGGACGACAACUUCCAGGAGGGAGUAGGUGCAAGGGCAGGUGGCGAUACUUCAGAGGGUGGAGUAGUCCCCGCCAUAACCCAACAAAAAGGGGCAAGUGCAGCGCCUGAGUCGACCUGUGCCAACAAGCAGCGCAUGGUAGUUAAUGACUACCUUCAGGAUGUAGAAUGCCUGUUCCCGUUCGCGGGAGGGGAGUUGAGGCAUCGUGUCUCAUUCCUUAUCAACAGUGAGAAGUGCGAGUUUGGACGCACCCAUGUCUUGUACUUGCUUCAUGAGAUCUCCGCGGAAGGGUUGAAGCCCGAUGACGCGAAGGUGGCCAGCAUUCGUGAUUGGCCACGACCUCAUUCUGUGACUGGGAUGAGAUCUUUCUUGAGAAUGACAGGCUACUACCGGACUUUUGUAAAGAACUAUAGCGUAGUGGCCGCUCCUUUGACUGAUCUGACCCGCCUUGAUACCCCGUGGGAGUGGACAGAUGAGUGCGAGGCUGCUUUCAGACAUCUGAAGCAUGCACUAACACAUUAUGAAGUCUUGAAACUUCCCGAUCCUGAUAAGCCGUUGAUAGUAACCACAGAUGCUAGCCAAUAUGGCAUUGGCGCCGUGCUUGCGCAUCAGGAGGGGCCAAAGUUGAGGCCUGUUGAGUACAUGUCCAAGAAAAUGCCGUCUCAGAAGUUGGCUAAGUCCACCUAUAAGAAAGAACUCUAUGCGGUGUUCAAGGCGCUGACCCAUUGGAGACAUUAUCUCCUUGGGAGGUUCUUCAUCCUCAGGACUGAUCAUCAGACCUUGAGAUGGAUGAGAACUUAGCCUGUACUCUCUUACGCAUUGAAGCGUUGGAUAGAAGUCAUUGAGCAGUAUGACUUUGACCCUCAGUACAUUAAGGGUGAGUACAACAAGGUUGCUGAUGCCUUGUCGCGUAGACCUGACUUCUCAGRUGCGCUGAUURCUGAGUACGAUCUUACGGAUGAUGUCACKCGAUCCUUGGUGGAAGCCUAUCGAGAGGACCAGUUUAUGUCUGAGAUCAUAUGCAGACUCGAGGCGAAGGAUAAACAAACUUCAGUCGAGUUUGAGUUGGUCAAUGGCUUGCUGUUUCUCGAGAAGGAAGGGAAUAAACGUUUGUGUGUCCCUGAUAAAGAGUCUUUGCGUAG